AUGUGCAGGAAUGAAGUAUCGCGAACUCAUUCUGCUCUUGUUGGAACUGCCAUUCGGCUGGCUGAAUGUAUGGGUAUCCACCGUGAUCCCGAAGAAUAUGGCCAUGGCCCAGUUGAAACUCAUAUACGGCGAAUGAUUUGGUAUCAACUAUGCUUCCUAGACCUUCGGACAAGCGAGUCACAAGGGCCCCGUCAAACAAUAAGACGAGAAGAUUACUCUACUAAAUUCCCACUGAAUGUGGAUGAUGCGGAUUUUUUGCAGCACCGUGGUAGUCGCCUAACGGAUAUGCCCAAAUUUACAGAUAUGACUUUCACUCGCAUUCGCAUUGAAUGCCACGAAUUACAUCGACUAGUAUAUGUUGAUAGAAUGAAACUGGAGACCAACAGCAUCUCGCUAACAAGGGUCUUGGGGAAGAUUGAAGCAUUCAGACGGGCUACAUAUGCCAAAUAUGGACCGUUGAUUUAUGUUUCGAAUCCCAAGCCUAUUCAGCGAGCAGCACAGUUGGUGUUGUCUAUACUCAUCUGUCGCAGUUACACAGCUGUUCUACACCGGUACCAUAACAGUGUUUCGGUGAGAAUUCCAGACCGGUUGCGACAGAUAAUUAUCACGGCUUGUACACAAAUUCUCGAAGAUGCCAUCGAACUCGAAACCGCUCCGGAUUUACAGCCUUGGGCCUGGUACAGCGGUGCUUUCAAUCAAUACCACGUUGCUUUUCUGAUCCUGAUGGAAGUAUGGGCGUAUCCCAUGCGAAAAGAAGCGGAUCGGAUUUGGAGGUGUUUGGAUUAUGUGUUUGAAACCCCCUCAACUCCUGCUAUCCCAGACACUGCAGGCAAAAACGCCCGUCAUCAGCUCAUAAUGCAGCGUGAUAGAAAGGCUCGAUUGAUUUUAGAACAGCUCAGAGACAGGAUGGAAGCAUAUCGCGAGAUGAGAAAGCUGAGAGUGCCCAUAAGCAUGGCUGACACUAAGGUCCUACGAAUGACGCCGGAAGUGGGAACAUCUCGGGAACCAAGCCCGCCACAGACAACAGACCAAACCUCUGCCAGUAGUUCCUUGCAAUGGGGGCCUCAGUAUACGUCCCAACCUCCUGAAAGCCAAACAGCACCUGCACCUUCUAGUCAACCUGUAAACCCCUCUCGGGUAUCACCCCCUCGAAUGUUUAGCCAUGAGCAGUAUCAACUUCAAUCGCAGCAAGGCCGCCGGUUGUCACCAGCCUCUCUGAUGCAACAAUAUCAACAUGGCCAACCAAGCUAUCAAAGGUUACAGCCACAGCCGCAGCACUCUUCGGUCCUUUCCCCUACCUCAUCCUCAUACUCGCCUAGCCCGAGCUAUAAUCCAACCUUCCAGCAUCAAGGCUACACACCGGAUUACUCAACCCGCAUGCCCGGUAGGGAUAGUCUGGACUCAGGUACUGGAUCUGAGGACUCUGGGAUGGGACGCCUAUGGUUUGCCUCUGGGGUCGACAAUACCAACACCGGCGCUGGUCUUGCGCCGCCGUUAAACUCUGUACCACAGCGACCCUCAGCCAUAACGGCUAAACUGAACAAUACAGAAGAGGAUCUCCCUAUGCUUGAUAUCGACUGGAACGAAUGGGAUAAAUUAUUCCCGCCAGAUAUCAAUAAUGGAGAGCUGAAUCUACCACCCUUAUCGCCGAUGGUUGGUCCCACAGACACCACAGCUUCGCUAGACAAUCUAUCGUCGCUUGCUGAGACGACAAACUCAAACUAUUCCACAUACCCUUACUCGAACUCUUGA